AACCACAAUUUCAUGCCUACGCCAUUGUUUUUCACUUCCUCAAACAAAACAAAACCAGCUUCAGACUUGAGCUGAGGCACUAACGUCUUAACUUGUGUUGCGUUGGCCUUGUUAUAUCCCACACUCUCCUUAAAAUGCGCACCCUCCUUACCUUGAGACCUCCGUUCAUUUCUUCUUGUUAUUUUCCUCCUCCUCCUUCCAAUUCUUUUAUCUAUAGCUGCUUUAGACCCAACAAGCGUUUCCACUUAUUCAAGACUUGUUCUUCUCUCAGACAAUCUAAGAAGCAGCGGUCCCUUCAGAAGACUCCAUCCAAUGCUCCACAGAGUCUGAGAUGGUUCCUCAACCCUAAAGGUGAUGAUGACGAGAAGCUCAAAGGGGAUGGUGACGGUGAUGGUAAUAAUGGAGAGAUGGAAGGCGACACUGCACUUAAAGGUACCCUUUUGGCUGGAGUUUUACUUGUGGGUGUUGUUGGUGGAUUUGCUACUGUCGGGUAUGUCUACAAGGACCAGAUCAAUGCUUUCUUGAACCAGUUCUCCACUUUCAUUGAAGGUUAUGGACCUGCUGGAUAUGCUUUGUUUGUAGCUGUUUAUGCAGGAUUGGAAGUCCUUGCUAUUCCUGCCAUUCCAUUGACUAUGUCUGCUGGUCUUCUUUUUGGCUCUAUCAUUGGCACCAUUUUAGUCUCUAUCAGUGGAACUGUGGCCGCAAGUAUUGCCUUUCUGAUUGCUAGAUAUUUUGCUCGUGAGCGUAUACUAAAACUGGUAGAGGGGAACAAAAAGUUCCUUGCAAUUGACAAAGCAAUUGGAGAAAAUGGCUUCAGAGUGGUUACCCUCCUUCGAUUGAGCCCUUUGCUCCCAUUUUCACUGGGGAAUUAUCUCUAUGGAUUAACAUCUGUGAAGUUUGUGCCAUAUGUUUUGGGCAGUUGGCUCGGGAUGCUUCCAGGGACAUGGGCUUAUGUCAGUGCUGGUGCAUUUGGUCGAGCAAUUAUUCAAGAGGAAUCAGAUUUUGGGUUUGGUGGAGGAAAUGGUAUAUUGACACUUGGACUUGGACUAUUGGUCACUGCUAUAGCUGCAGCUUAUGUAACGCAGCUUGCAAAGGAUGCUGUAAAAGAUAUUGAGUAAGCAUAAGGAGUCGAUUUUGGUCUAGUUACGUUGAUGACAGUGUAGUUGAAAAUUGUAAGCAUGUACAUCAAAACCAAUUUGUAUCUAAUACUCUGAAUUUUACCUUUUAGUGAAUGUACCAUCCUUUUUUUUUUACACAAAGCAUUAGCAAUGACUUUAAGUUGGAUUGAGGCACGCCCUGCGUACCCUGAAUUAUGUUAACUAGGUAUUGUAUGAAAGAUAGAUGGAAGCAUAUUUCCUGUAA